CAAGUUAAUUGCAGAAAAUGAGGUUAAAGAAACAGCUAUCUUUUUCUUUCUAUCUCUAUAUAUACACACACCCUGCAAGCUAACAAAUUUUCCAAGAUGCAUUAGCAAGUAUAGGAGAAUUCAAUAAUUAACAAGUUGGUGAGGCAGUGCAAAAUGGAGGUGGAGAGGGUUCAAAACAUAGCAACAUUGUCAAUCCACUCAAACACAAUCCCAAUAGAUUUCAUCCGACCAGAAACAGAGCAACCCGCAUUAACCACAUUCCACGGUGAUGACAUCCCUGACAUACCCACCAUUGACCUGAGCAACCCUGACCAACAGAACCUGGUGAAGUUGAUAUCUGAGGCUAGCCAGGAGUGGGGCAUGUUCCAGGUUGUGAACCAUGGAAUCCCCAGUGAGCUGAUCAGUGAGUUGCAGAGUGUUGGCAAAGAGUUCUUUCUUCUCCCUCAGGAAGAGAAGGAGAAGUGUGCUAAGGUUCCUGGGUCUCAGAGCUACGAAGGCUAUGGAACUAAGCUGCAGAAAGAGGUGAAUGGAAAGAAAGGUUGGGUGGAUCAUCUUUUUCACAGGAUUUGGCCUCCUUCUCAAAUCAAUCACAAGUUUUGGCCCCUCAAUCCACCUUCUUACAGGGAGACCAAUGAAGAGUACACCAAGUACAUGCGUGUGGUGGCUGACAAGCUGUUUACAUUGCUGUCUUUGGGGCUAGGAGUGGAAGGGAAUGUGAUGAAGGAAGCUUUUGGUGGAGAAGAAGUUGAAUACAUGUUGAAGAUUAACUAUUACCCUCCAUGUCCUCGCCCUGAUCUGGCUCUGGGAUUGACCCCUCACACUGAUCUUAGCUCACUCACCAUUCUUCUGCCCAAUGAGGUACCAGGCCUCCAAGUUCUCAAAGAUGAACGUUGGAUUGAUGCUAAGUAUAUCCCCAAUGCUCUCAUCGUUCACAUCGGGGAUCAGAUUCAGAUUGCGAGCAAUGGGAGGUACAAGAGUGUUCUACACAGAACAACCGUGGAUAAGGAACGAACGAGGAUGUCAUGGCCUGUAUUCCUGGAGCCACCGGCAGAGUGUGAGGUUGGUCCUCUACCUCAGCUGGUGACACAAGAUAAUCCUCCCAAAUAUAAAGUCAAGAAAUUCAAGGACUACGCCUACUGUAAACUUAACGGUCUUCCCCAGUGAUCAUAUCACAACAUGUUUAACUUUGCUAAUUCUGAAUUAGUAUUUCAAAAAUGUGAAAUAUGUGAAUUCACCCAGCCAGAGAUUCUAAUUAAUUAUCAGUUCUCUUAGUGUGUGUUUGUUUUAAUGUUGAACAAAAUUAAGUACUUUAAUUUAUGUCCAAGGAAGCUUGAGAAUC